AUGUGUGCUCUCAUCCUGUGCAUGUUGCAUCGAAUGGCCAGUGGGCAGCCGGAGCUUAAGCAGGUCUUCACAAUGGAAGUGAGACCAAACAUAUUGAAGACUUCACCAAGCGGUGGACGGGUGAUGCUGGUGGAUGCCAGACCGAAGGUAAAGCGGAAACCCACCCAACAAGGGCUUUCAGAUAACUCGGUCAGCUCAUUCGUGCCGGGUUCUGCAGAACAUCAACAGUGGUCUGCGAAAGCGCAGCUUUCAGAUCGGAGCCAUACAGAGGAGACGGUGCUCGGUGGUUUCAGUGCCCUUAGCCGAGGCCAUGGGAAAGAGGAGUUGCACAAAGUGGUGCGGGAGAAGGUGAUUCCGGAGAUGCUACCAAGAUGGCUCUUCCAAGAGAUCGACACCUCCGGCGACGGCAUUCUUCAGCUGGAAGAGUUUGUGGCGGGCAUAGAGAAGGUGCACGCUCUGGUUCAUUUUGGGAAGUUCAGUGCAGCUUGGACCGGAAAGACCAGCCAGUGCCAGUUGCUUGUACUGACCUGCGGAUUACAGUUGCCGGGCUUGGACAAGUUGAGCGUUGAUGGCCAGCGUUUCACGCACGAAAAGCUUGUGGAGAUCUCUAAGAUUUUGGAUGUGACGCAAGAUGGCACUCUGAAUUAUUUGGAGUUUCAGCAGGCUUUCCAGCUCAAGGGACAGGGCACAGCCGACUUAGAAAACAGCCUGGUGGAGGACCUGACGACGCUUCUUUUCCGCUACAGGGUACACAUUCGGACGGGCUGCCAGUUUCUUGACGAAGUCGACAGUUGCAAGGUGCUGAAUGAGGAUUUUGAGAAUGUGCUACGUGGAGUGAACAACGCGCUGCAUUCGAAUGAACAAGGAAUCUCAGAAUCGCAAAUCAAGCACCUCUCUUCUGCUCUGACUGUGGAGGACUUGAGAAUCUUGAGAAGAUGCAUGAAUCUGUCAGUCAGCGUACGUGGAGCUUCGCAGAAACUUGUGUUGGUAGCCACGGGCCCUGCAUUGCCUGGGAAGGGUUUCUGCAUGAUCAUGCGGCAUCUCUUUCUUGGUAUGAUGAGAAGGUUUGGGAAGGGUGGCCUCCUGACAUGA